GUGGUGGCGUCCAGCCUGUUAGUGGGUCCAGUCCCAUCCCAUCAGUUCCGACCUGUUUCUACCCCGGCUCCGGGACUCAGCGCUGCUGCCACCAACGCAGCCACCAGGUGAGGGGCUCCUGGCCAGGUGGGUUCAGCCCCAGCGGGCUCCCUGACCCCGAGAAGAGGCACCCCAGACCCGCACAGGCUCCGGGCACCUGCUGCACCCCGCCCCUCCCGGUGGACCCGCGCCGGGUUGACCUGACGUGAGGGUGCCAAAGACCCAGACCCCGACGCCAUCCACGGCCUUUUGCGAGGAGCUUUGAGGGAUCUCUGCUAAGAAAUAGGCAGUCCCAGAAGCUUGGACCACUAGACAGAGGGACUGUUUAGGACUCACAGAGCUGGCACAGGCACAAUGAUGAACGGUCCUCGGUCGGACAUGGGCCGAUGGGGUGGGAGCCCCUGGCAGCCCACUGACACGCCUUCGCCAGAACCAGAGCCGGAGCCAGACAGACAUCCCAGGCACUCCAGCAGCUCCUUUUGGGCUCGCUGCUUUGGCUGCUGCUCAUGCCGGAAUGCAGAUGAUGACUGGGGCGGAGGGUCUGGCUCCAGGGGUCCAGGGUCCAGCUCUGGGGGUCACAGACCUGACUCCCGAGGCUCAGACUCCCGCCAGCCUGGCUCCCGAGGCACAGGUGUGAACACAGCUGGAGACGGCACCAUCCAAGAGGGCAUGCUGGUGGUGACCGGUGUGAAUUUGCUGAGUUCACACUCAGACCAGAACCGCCAGGAGCAUCAUACAGACGAGUUCGAGUAUGACGAGCUGAUUGUGCGUCGUGGGCAGCCUUUCCACAUAGUCCUCUUCCUGUCCCGGCCCUAUGAGUCCUCGGAUCACAUCGCCCUGGAGCUGCUCAUUGGCAACAACCCUGAAGUGGGCAAGGGCACCCACGUGAUCAUCCCGGUGGGUAAGGGGGGCAGUGGGGGCUGGAAGGCCCAGGUGACCAAGGCCAAUGGGCAGAAUCUGAACCUGCGGGUCCACACCUCCCCCAACUCCAUCAUCGGCAAGUUUCAAUUCACGGUACGCACACGCUCAGACGCCGGAGAGUUCCAAUUGCCCUUUGACCCCCGCAACGAGAUCUACAUCCUCUUCAACCCCUGGUGCCCAGAGGACAUCGUGUACGUGGACCGCGAGGACUGGAGGCAGGAGUAUGUGCUUAAUGAGUCUGGGAGAAUUUACUACGGGACUGAAGCGCAGAUUGGAGAGCGCACCUGGAACUACGGCCAGUUUGACCAUGGGGUGCUGGACGCCUGUCUGUACAUCCUGGACCGGCGGGGGAUGCCGUAUGGGGGCCGCGGGGAUCCAAUCAGUGUCUCCCGGGUCGUCUCCGCCAUGGUAAACUCCCUGGAUGACAAUGGCGUCCUGAUUGGGAACUGGUCUGGCGAAUACUCCCAAGGCACCAACCCAUCAGCGUGGGUGGGCAGCGUGGAAAUCCUACUCAGCUACCUACGCACUGGCUAUUCCGUCCCCUAUGGCCAGUGCUGGGUUUUUGCUGGCGUGACCACCACAGUGCUGCGCUGCCUGGGCCUGGCCACUCGGACUGUUACCAACUUCAAUUCUGCACACGACACAGACACGUCCCUCACCAUGGACAUCUACUUUGAUGAGAACAUGAAGCCACUUGAGCACCUGAAUCAUGAUUCUGUUUGGAACUUUCAUGUGUGGAAUGACUGCUGGAUGAAGAGGCCAGAUUUGCCCUCAGGCUUCGAUGGGUGGCAGGUGGUGGAUGCCACACCCCAGGAGACCAGCAGUGGCAUCUUCUGCUGUGGCCCCUGCUCUGUGGAGUCCAUCAAGAAUGGCCUGGUCUAUAUGAAGUACGACACAUCCUUCAUUUUUGCUGAGGUGAACAGUGACAAGGUAUACUGGCAGCGGCAGGACGACGGCAGCUUCAAGAUUGUGUACGUGGAGGAGAAGGCCAUAGGCACGCUCAUCACUACGAAGGCCAUCGGCUCCAACAUGCGGGAUGACAUUACCCACCUUUAUAAGCACCCGGAAGGCUCGGAGGCAGAGCGGAAGGCAGUGGAGACAGCAGCUGCCCACGGCAGCAAACCCAACGUGUAUGCCAUGAGCAACUCAGCUGAGGAUGUGGUGGUGCAGGUGGAGACACAGGACCCAGUGAUGGGGCAGGAUCUGACGGUCUGUGUGGUGCUGAGCAAUCGUGGCAGCAGCCACCGCACAGUGAAUCUGCACCUCUACCUCUCAGUCACCUUCUACACGGGUGUCACCGGGCCUGUCUUCAAGGACAGCAAGAAGGAAGCGGUGCUGGCACCAGGGGCCUCGGAACGUGUCGUCAUGCCUGUGGCCUACCAGGAAUACCGGUCCCAUCUUGUAGACCAGGGGGCCAUGCUGCUCAAUGUCUCAGGCCACGUCAAGGAGAGCGGGCAGGUGCUGGCCAAGCAGCAUACCUUCCGUCUCCGCACCCCAGACCUCUCCCUCACGUUAUUGGGAGCAGCAGUGGUUGGCCAGGAGUGCGAAGUACAGAUUGUCUUCAGGAACCCCCUGCCUGUCACCCUCACCAACGUCGUCUUCCGACUCGAGGGCUCCGGGUUACAGAGACCCAAGAUCCUCAAUGUCGGGGACAUCGGGGGCAACGAGACGGUGACACUGCGCCAGACGUUUGUGCCUGUGCGGCCAGGCCCCCGCCAGCUCAUCGCCAGCUUGGACAGCCCACAGAUCUCCCAGGUGCACGGUGUCAUCCAGGUGGAUGUGGCCCCGGCCUCUGGAGGCAGGGGCUUCUCAGACACUGGAGGCGACAGUCACUCUGGGGAGACCAUCCCUAUGGCAUCUCGAGGUGGGGCUUAGCUCUGGGCCAGGAGCAAUGGGACUGGAUUCAGAUGAGCAAGGACAUUGCCCCAAAGCAGGGGCCCCCUGCAGAGUGGCUCCGCAGGGGCUCAAGUGGGGAGGCCCUUGUACCUGGGGAGGGAGCCGAUCUUCACUUGCUGUUGGUGGCCUAAUAAACUUUUUUCAUGAA